GCACCACGGAAGCAGAUAAUAAAGGAGUCCCAUAACCGUGUCACACUCACACGUGGGGUUUGUUUAUCACCAGAGCUGAAACACGUGCACCGCGGCCCUCUCAUUGGUCCCCGCCGCCUCCCUGGUCCAAGCUCCGCCCACCUCCACCGACUGCCAACGCACGGACAUUCACGAGGUUUACCGGACUUCAACUCCCAAUUAUUCACUUCCCGUCGCGUAGGUUUCAAUACUAACGGGAUAGAAGAGUGGGCAUGUCCGCUGGUACCUCUGUGGUGUGACUCCGGGUUCCUCAUCCCCCUCCCUAGUCCUGGUGUGGUCACGGGAAAUGUUAGGUUGUUGGGGCGUGAGCUUUGUGCCUUGCGACUUGCGCGCUCCCCCGUCACCUGUUACACCCUCCGCAGCAACCUUCUGAGCCUCAGUAUCCGCGGGGAUGUUGCAAGAGACGGCCACUCCACGCGCGUUUCCAGAGAGGUCUGUGCUGUCCGCCCCUGUACUAUGUUGAAGCUGUUCCUCCACGGUGCGGUGCCCUUCGGAUUCCGGGCCCCGAUGGAUGACGAGGACGCUGGCUACGGUGACCGGGAACAUGUCGACGCCGGGGAAGAGCGUUCGCGUCACCUGGCCAGAGGCACCUUCCCGCUGCCCGACGUCAUUCUGAGCAACACGCCGCCGCCAUCCCCGCUCCGCCGUGCCCGUUCCUGCCACGCCUUCUUUCCUGAGAAGACUCAGAUUCAGCCCCCGUCUCCCCUGACACCGCCAGCCACACCCGGAGCCGCCUUUGACGGAGACGCUGGGGUGGAGGCUGCCCAGGCAAGCCUGAGCCACAUUCAGGAGGUGCGGCGUCGACUGCUGGGCAGCUUCUCUGUCAGCCCACGCAACCUACCCCAGCUCUCCUGGCCCCUGCCACGCCCCCCUAACCCGCCGUCUGCUCGCGGGGCGACCAAGGAGGAGGUCAGCGCUGCCCCGGAGAUGAGGAGGAACCUGAGGCAGGAGCUGGACGGAGAGGUCCUUGGUGAGGAGCAGCAGCGGUGGCGGCUCGUCGGGGGAGAGCUGAGGAUGGUUGCGGACCAGUUUCAGCUCAACAGAUCAAAGGCGUCCGGCAAGGCCAGCAGCGAGGUGGCCGCCCACUCCGCGGCGCCGGCUAUCCUGGGCAGGUGCCUCGCGGCAUCCCUCAUCUGCCUGGUGUGGUGGCGACUCUACAACAAGCUGCGCUGAUUCGCCGGGGCUCAGCGGCGCUCGCCUCUUCAUCGCGCCACCUUGGGCUUGGUAAAGGUCUGCAAGGACCACGAAGGAGGUCCCAUCUUCAUUGCCUGCUUCAGUGACCUUCGCGUCAAAAUUUGUCAAGGGUGCGCGUGGGGGCGGCGGCCGAGACGCUGGUGAGGCGUCGCCCCUCGAGCGCCGCCGCCCCGCCACUUGGUUCCUGCCACUAAAUGACUGCCGCUUUGGCGCCCCUCGGGGCGCAGCAACAAGGACUGUGUAUAUGUAUGAAGCUUGUGAACGAUGCCUUCAAAAAGGACUGUUCCUUUGGAUUAUUGUCAAAUUUCGUUCAAGGUUGUCAAAGGAGUUUGUUUCAAGUCUGAAGUAGACUCUGGGACAGUUUAGCAAAAUGUUGCUAUUUUUUUGGAGCCACGUUGCACGGACUCUAGACAAUUGUUUUCUAUGACUCGUAUAGACGUGGAUAUUUGUACAGAUGCUUCGCUCCUCUUUUUGUUUCCUUUUAGAGUAGUUAACGUAGCUGUUAAGGUUCAUAUUUUGAUAAGAUCGUGUGUAAGACGUCCAAAUCUCCCAACUAACUGUUCCAUCCCGUCAAAGUCACACCACACCUCUGCCCGCUGUCUUUCAUUACGGAGGAAGUCUCUCAUAAGCAUCGAGGGGGAGAGGAGGUUCACGCGAGUUGCCCGACCUUCUCUGUCUGUCUCUCGAGGCACCUCACCGCGGGCCCUCGAAGUCAGAGGACGCUGCGUGGGUGCUCUCGCUCCUCCUCGACCUUGAGAGAGUUUGAAAAAUAAUUCACUCGAGGGAUUUUCAUGCCAAGCUAAAGUGUGAAGGUUUGGGAGCGAGUCUUGUUAGGCGCCACGAGUCUGUGGCGAAGGCUGAGGCCAGAGCGAGGAGGGUCACGCUCGGACCUGAGGGUGUUGUGAGUCGGGUGUUCUGUAUAUUCUGACUUGGGUGGUGAGUAAGCUUAGGCCAGGAAUUCAUCCUCGGCCAGAUUCGGUGUGUCACUGAGCCGGGCCAGAUCACCACUGCCGCUGCCUCUUGAUCUCACUAGCCAUUAGAAGCGUUUUUUUUCCGCUCAGUGCUGGACUACCAGUCUUUCAGGGGAGGAGUCCGCUCCGCCCCCUUACCUGUAAGUGUUUCGUGGGGGUUCUUUGGCGCCUCACACUUAAUGUAAAUGUCUUUCAAGAUAGGCAUUAAGGUCAGUCAGGGGGCACUGUCUCGCCCGCCUGUAGCCUAAGCUCUUUCAGGGGGACGCCGUCAGUCUCGGGUGAGAGAGGCGACGUCCUCCCGUUAGCCAUAAGAUUUGAGGAAGACAAAAUUUCGCUUUGGGACGCCUUGGGAGUAUUAUCCUUUGUAAUAAACGCCAAAUUACUGCUUGCGGCGGGACCAAAACCUUAGAGUCAUCUUUGUGAACCUGCAGUAAUGUUGGAGAAAUACAUGCUGUGCUUUCAUAAGGUUCAGGGCGUGCUGCCUCUCAGGAAAUUUUGUCUUCUGUUGGUGUAAAAGACAGAUUUUAUGGUGCUGUACAGAACAAUUAGCAAUAUGACUAUGAACACUGGCUGGCAACUCUGAUGCGGACGGAGGAAACAAAAGACUGCGGGAACAUCAUCCCAACUCUGAACACAAUCAAAACAAAAUGGUUAUAAUAUAAUAUUUUGCCGUGAAUUUCUUGCUUCAUUGCAGACUUUCGGUGCACGACACACAGCGACAGGAAUGAGUGAGUGCGUGUGUGUGUAUGUGCGGGGCGCCGUCCGGGUCAGAGUGCCAAGUCUGUGUCACGUUCAUCAAAGCUACGUGACGUGAUACUCGUGUGGGGCCGCGGCGGGCUGACCAGAGCCCCGCCUCGAGGCCUGGCCAGCCCAGGCCAGGGCCCCGCGCCCCUCCCAGCACUGAGGGACACUUUAUUUGCUCCCGGAAGUGAUUUUUUUCCUUUGUUUCUGUCCAUAUGUUUACGUAAGGCAACGAGACCUGCAUGUACGGAGAACCUCUCUUUGUUGUGUAUGAUUUUAUGUUAAAACUUGAAGGAAAAAUGGUUACAGGAAACGAAGAGCCAGUGACUUCCGGUCCUUCUGUGCAUCUGUAAUGACUGUGUGUGUGUGUGUGUGUGUGUGUGUGUGUGUGUGUAAGAGAGAGAGAGAGAGAGAGAGAGAGAGAGAGAGAGAGAGAGAGAGAGAGAGAGAGAGAGUCCUGGUGCAAUAGUUUCCUAUUGCACCAAAGAGACUUGUUUUCGGUGUUUCAUUCCCGCCUUCACGGCUCUGUCUCCCUGCCCCGCGGGGUGUGUUCAGCCCCGAGGGGCAUCUCUGCUUAAGGUUCACUUGCUUCAGGCGCCACUUGACAUUUUAUUAUUUUUUGUGUAUUAAUUUUAAAGUAAUAGAUUUAUGGAGUGAUCUUGUGCAUCUCCUUCCUGUUCUGUCGUUUUACUCUCACACACACACACACACACACACACACACACACACACACACACACACACACACACACACACACACACACUCCUUCCUGUACCGCUCCUCUCUAGUCAAGACACUUCACCGUAUAAAGACAUCCGACCUGGUUCUGUACCGAGGGCGUGGUAACCGAUGAUCUCACGAAGCCAAAACGCCGCCGCCGAGGCAGGAGCGCCGGAAUUCGGUGUUCCGCGCUCCAGCCGCCGCGGUGAUCACGUAUCGACAUUGUGGUGUGAGCAAAACACUGUGCAAUAACUUGUGUCAUAGCAGCACCGCCGACCAUGCAGCCAGCCACCGCACGGGAGUUUGAUGUAAGCUAUUUUUCAUUGACCUAAAAAAAACUAUACUAUUUCCUUGUGUACGUAUGUGUUUUGCAGUGUUCUCAAUUUUUGUACGAUACAUUUAGGCUACCAUGUGUAAAUAAAUAUUGGAAGUAGA